AUGGGAUAUACAUUUGCGAUCCUGGCUCUUCUCUUCCCAGUCUUGAUCCUCCUUCAUCUUCUCGUCGCUCCAUACACCAAAGUCGAGGAGUCGUUCCACGUCCAGGCUGUGCAUGAUAUCUUGACCAACGGUCUACCAAAUGGCUUUAAUGACCUGAAUCUUGCCCGUGUCGAAUAUGACCAUUUCUCUUUCCCCGGGGCUGUUCCCCGAAGCGCCAUUGGUGCUGCGGCACUCGCUGUGCUCUUGAAGCCCGUUAUCUUGUUGAAUGAAGAGAUCAACCGACAGCUAUUAGCUCGAGCUAUCCUGGGUCUAAUCAAUGCCUCGUCUCUAGCAGUCUAUGCAAGAGGUCUGCGCCGUAGUUUCGGCCAGCCAGCGGCUAUCUGGUAUAUCCUAUUCCAAGCAAGCCAGUUCCACUUGAUGUUCUAUGCCUCAAGGCCACUAUCAAACAUGUUUGCCUUCGGUAUCACGACACUAGCAAUGUGCCUGCUUCUCCCUAGCCCUCGUCCAACACCCCAAGACCAAAAGCAAUGCAGCCUAGCACUCGCCCUCCUCACCACCGCAGGCGUAGUCUUCCGCUCAGAACUAGCCCUCCUAGUCGGAACACAAACUCUCUUCCUACUAGCAACAAGAAAGAUUAGCCUCUCACACACCGUCAUCGCAGGCCUAGUAGGCCUCACAACGGGCCUAACCCUUACAGUCUAUCUUGACAGCACCUUCUGGCAAAGCUUCCCACUCUGGCCGGAAUUCGAAGCAUUCCGCUUCAACGUCCUGGCAGGCCAAUCAUCAGAAUGGGGCACAGAACCAUGGUCCUUCUACUUUAUGAACUCCCUCCCCCGCCUCCUCUUCAAUCCCCUCUCCUACCUCCUCGCCAUCCCCGUCGCCCUACGACAACCGGCCACGCGAUCCCCAGCACUGGCACUUCUAACCCCGGCGCUUUCCUUCGUCGCACUAUACAGCUUCCAGCCUCACAAGGAAUGGCGCUUCAUCGUUUACAUCAUCCCUUCCCUCACGGCUGUAGCUGCCCUCGGCGCUGCGUAUCUCUGGACGCACCGCUCGCGCUCUGUUUUCGCCACUCUGGCGGCCCGCGCCCUGGCCGUUUCGACACUCGUCGUGUUCUGUCUGUCCAAUUUCGUUCUCCUUCCUGCGUCGGCGGCAAAUUAUCCUGGUGGUCAGGCUCUUGACGCUAUGCACCAUCAGCACUCUAUCCUCCACGAUACGGACUUGUUUCCUGGUAAGGCCAACUCUUCUAUCAAUGUCUACUUAGGAAACCUCGCCUGUCAAACUGGCGUAACGCGCUUCUUGCAACAACCCCCUUCAUCGGGCUGGGUAUACGACAAAACCGAAGACAAGGCCGUUAAAUCUACUCCUGGGUUCUGGGACCGGUUUGAUUAUGUGGUUGUGGAAGCGAGUGACGAGAUCGGGUUCAUGGAUGCUGAUCAGACGAGUCUCCGACGUGCCCUCCCUACUUCCGACUGGGAGAGAAUGCUUGUAGUAGAUUCGUUCGCCGGGGUUUCAGUUCUGAGGCCUGGGAUUCCUGCUACGGGAUCUGUGGAACGGCGUGUUGUUGGUGCGAUUGCGGGUGCUCGUGCUGUUGGUCUGUUUGAGCGUCUGCGCGAGUGUGUGCGGGAAGUCUUGUUGCGUGGGUGGUGGGUUGAGGUUAAGAUGAGACCGAGGGUUCAGGUAUUGAGGCGGGUUAGGGAAGGGUUCAAGCGUUAA